AAAACGCACUCCCGCUCUCGUAGUCGAGAGAAGCGUCGCAGUCGUUCGCAUGAGAAGCGCUUUUCUGAAUAUGAACGAGACUUCAGGGCCAGCAUUCGAGAAAAAGAACGGUUUAGAGAGAGGCGAUCGCCUGUUCGUCGCUCUCCCAGUCCUCCAUCAUAUACACGAGGCGGGAAACCUGGUGAAGGAAUGGCCAGUGGUAAGAAGCUGCCCGGACCCGAACGACGAGAUGUAAACUUACCGGAACAGGACCUUAGUCCUGAAGAAAGAGACGCGAGAACCGUCAGAGAUGUUCGAAUCAUAACGGACAGCAAAACAAGGCGUUCCAAGGGUAUCGCCUAUGUAGAGUUUUGGGAUUUAGAAGCUGUUCCUUUGGCAUUAGGGUUGCAUGGCCAGCGACUUUUAGGCGCACCUAUAGUUGUUCAGCCGACUCAGUCAGAAAAGAAUCGCAUGGCGUCAGCCAUGCUUGCGACCGCCUUUGGACAGAAUCGCGGACCAAUGAAAUUGUACGUUGGUUCAUUGCAUUUCAAUAUCAGUGAAGAUAUGCUGCGCGGUAUCUUUGAUCCAUUCGGCAAGAUUGACAGCAUUCAGCUCUUGAAAGAUCCGGAAUCUGGGCGAUCGCGCGGCUAUGGAUUUAUCACGUUUCACAAUGCUGAAGACGCCAAACGAGCAAUGGAACAGCUGAACGGUUUUGAAUUGGCCGGCAGACCAAUCAAGGUCGGCCAUGUGACGGAGCAUCAACCUUCUCUUCUGCAACCGUCGCUCGAUUCCGAUGAACUAGACCGAACCGGCAUUGAUCUAGGCACAACUGGUCGUUUGCAGCUAAUGGCUAAGCUUGCCGAAGGCAUGUUCUUUUACAUAUUAGCGCUGCUAUUUCCUUUUAAACUGUUUUUCUGUUUUCAAGGAACCGGCAUGGAAUUACCACAGGUCGCACAGCAAAUUUUAAAUCAACCAAGCGGUGCCGGUUCUUCCACUGGUACCUCCACUUCGUCAUCAUCAAUUCCACCGAUUGCCACUCAAUGCUUUAUGCUUUCGAACAUGUUUGAUCCUACACAGGAAACCGAACCGAAUUGGGACCGCGAUAUCAUGGACGACGUAAUUGAGGAAUGUAAUAAAGAAGGUGGCACCGUUCAUAUUUUCGUUGACAGGGCAUCUCCGCAGGGUAAUGUUUAUGUGAAAUGCCCGUCUGUCACUUCCGCUGUCGCAGCUGUCAAUUCCCUCCACGGUCGUUGGUUUGCAGGCAAAAUCAUUACUGCCAAUUACGUACCAGUUGCUAAUUAUCACCAGCUGUUUCCUGAAUCCGUCAAUGCCGUGAAGCUGCUGCAGCCUUCGUUUAAGUCCACUUGAUA